AUCGGCACGUGAGGUGUAUCUCCACAAUCGCCGUAAAAGAACAAUAAUUUCAUUGAUAACGUCAAAAACAAUGAAUGUUAACUUCUCCGGAUGUGUGCAGCCGAUAAUAAUUUAUUCUAGUGAAUUCUGAGUGCUUAAUCCUGGUGUACUAUUAAUGUGUUCACGUGAUUUGAAAUUGGUGAUCAAGUUUGGUUAGGAUUUGCUCCACGAAAACGCGGGAGAUGAUUCUCAGUGAUUUCUCAAUAAACUCUGUUAAAUAAUAAAUCACGUAAAACUCUCGAGGCGAAAAUUGCCGCAUGUAUAUUUUAAUAAGUUUUUUUUUAAAAUGAAGAUGCAAGAGAAUUUGCUAUUUAAUUAUGCAUCCAUCGUGGCGACAACACUAGCUACUGCAACAGCUCUAGUUAUAAUAAUAAAUAAAUUACGGAAACGAUGGCCAGUGGAGGCUAAUUGCUGGUUUUGCAACGUCAAUACCAAAAUCUGGAGGUCGGAAAUAGACUGGUGGCAGUGUCCAUCGUGUCAGCAAUUCAACGGCUUCUCCGAGGAUGGAGAUUACAAUUACGACAUUCCCGAGCAGCGGCACAGGUCAUUGAAUGAUCUGAGUAUUUAUUCAGCUUCCUGCAGACCAGAAAAGCCCUAUAAUCACAAUGCAGAGACACUCUGCAGAAAUUGCAAUCGGAAUGAGGAGCUGAAACUCUACCAAAUGCGACUGCUUGAUCCACUGAGAUUGAGUAAGAAAGAAAUGAAAAGCUGUAGAAAAUCACUUGAGAAGCAGUACCCACUCUGCAGGCGAUGUAAUUCACUCGUUAAGAGUGUUUUACGGAAGCAAUCUGUGUGGCUAACGCAGUACAAGAUGCUGCUUUUUAAACAGAGGCCCAUAAGCCUCAUUGUUAACAAUUCAGAAAAGUUGGAAAAACUUUGUAGAAUUAUUUUAAUAGUAUUAAGUUCAAUAAUUAUAGGAUUCCCCACGUCACAGGUCCUACCAAUGGUCGGUGCUUUGUUACAAUUUUUCACUGCCACGAGAAAGUUCAAUUUCAGAAGUAGCCAUCACUUGUUAUUAGUUUUAAUCUGGCUGGGAGUUUGUACACUCAUGCCAUUCUGUGGGGAGCAAUUAGUGCGAUUGAAAUUGAGGAGUCACUGGUUUACGUUAGAGUAUAUUACUGGACACCAAGUUAUCACGUUUCUUUCCACUAUUCUGGGAUUUGUCAAUGCAACAUCCACUAGUCCACCAUCAUCUGGUCCAAAUUUAUCAUUCAAAAAAAUGGACACUUCGUCGUCAGACCUAAAUUCAUCCAGGAAUUCUUCGAGAGACGAGCUCGAUACUUACCUGGAUGAGGAAACAGAGUUGCAAGAGAGAAAAUCACCAGUUAAUAUCACACAUUUGUUGACAUCUCCGUCGCCCCUUGAGAAUCCAGCACCAAUCAAGCCAGUGCUGGCUCCGAAUUUCAAGGUCUGCAACAGUCAACUCGGUUUCGCUAGGUUGGACAGUCGCCCCGAAGCCUUCAACACUCCUCUCUGGAAAGACUAUGGGUCCCAUCACAAGAAGACAUCCCUAAACGACAGCCUGCGAACACUGAGCAGCCUCUCCCUGAACGAAAGGGACGAUAAAAUCAGCUCGAGAAAUUCCAAAGUCUUCGAAACUCGAACGUACGGCACGACGAGUCCAGAUUUAUUCAAAAAAAAUUCUCAAACAUUAAAAAAAUUCGUUCUGUCACCACCAAAAUUAAAAUCAGUGACACAGAAUUCGUGGGUGGCAGGAGGAUAUUGGCAACUGGGGAUGGACAGGCCGACGCUGUCUCGUUCUUCAAGCCAGAGCUCAGGAUUUGGCUCCACAGGCUCCAAUUUUCCUCCAUCAAGGGAGCCUUCAGUUGUAAACGACGUGGACAGAUACUCCGUCAUGUCUGACACGACUCUCUGCUGCAAUUACCCUAACAAUAUCAGCCCAAUAAAUUCAUUCUGCCAGUACACAUCAUCACCUUACAGAGUUAUGGGCCAGGAGAUUCCCAUCUGCAUCAGUCCAUCACCGAGUCUCAUGUCAAGUACAUCCUGUGGACAGAUAUCUCAACGAACCCUCUGCCACAGUCAUCACGUGAAUGAUCAGUGCAUAAAACCCAGCCCAGUGAUGAUGCAGCAGUCUGAACCACCAAUUUGCAUCAAUCAUCCCACCACUGUUUUAACCAAUCCGUCGUGGUUACCUGUACUUGUCUGCGGCUCUCUCGUCUUCAACGUCAUCGUCUUCUGUACCAUUUUACUUCGCUGAUUGAACAAUAUUUCCGGAAUAGACUUGUUGAUAUAACAAAUCAGUAGUGAAUUGGUAAACUAGCAUAUGCUCAUUUUCUUAAGAUGAGUUUUUUCCAAAUAUCUCUCGAUUGAAGGAAAAUAUUGAUAUCUUCGUAAUUACCUUUUUUGUAGCACUCACCUUUCCCUAGAAAAAAUUUCCCGUCAAAAAUAUCGGUAUGUCCCUUCAAUAGCGAGAUAUUCGCUGAAAACUUGUCUCAAAAAAUUGCAAUUAUUCUAGUUUAUGAAUUCUCGAUAGAAAUUGCCAAUAGAUAUUUUUUUUAUUUUGAUCCUCAAUGUGUUCAAGUUGUGAACACUGCCAAACUAUUGUUAUUUAUCAUAAAUGGGAUAAUGUAUAUAUAGAAAAUUCUGAAUAAUUCCUGAUUGAGUAAAUCUCAAUGGGAUUAUUCAUUUUGAGAGAUAUUGAUGGAUACACUCGAAAACUUGUGAUAACUGUAAUUUUCUUCAUGUGUGUUCACUAGGAUAAGCGGGUACGGGUAGAUGAGACAUUUUUUAACACUUAUUUUCUCAAUUCUCAAAACCUUAAUAUUUAAAAACAAAUUGUAUCUCGAGAUCAGUACUGCAGAGCUUCCGCCUAUUAAUGAUAAUCGACUUUUGUUACAUUACACCUUUUUUUAAAAAAUUUUCUACGCCGCUAGGAAAUCUUCAAUGAAGACAUCAUUGUGUAAAAUAAUUAUUAACCUGUAUCAUGAAUUUUGUUAUAAAUUGUACAAACAUCGACAUUUUGUUUUGCGUGCCCCAAUGGGUGCAUUACUUAAUUGAAAUGGCUCGUGUCAUCAAUAAAGUUUUUCUUUUUAUUAA